AGGCUAUGCAAAGAAGAGCGGGACAGAGCGUCUUGUCACGAUGGACAUAUCGGACCAAGCUGCAGAAUUCAGUCGUGCGUUCGCUGACCUGAAGAGCAAGCUGAGUCGAGGAUUGAUAAAGGAAUCAGUCAUUGUCACUCUCGGUGUCCAGGAGCUUGUGAACAUUCAGAUCAUGAGCGAUCGACUACGAGUUCUCGAACCACCCCAAGAGCUGGGCCCAAAGUCACGCUGUAUGAAGGGAACUCGUGUUGCGACGAUCAACGAGAUAAUAUCGUGGAUUUUCCAAUGUAAUGGCGAGAUGAUGUGGUGCAAAGGCUUGGCGGGAACGGGGAAGAGCUCUUUGGUGGGAACCUUCCACGACUUGCUCACUGCGGACAUGGGGGGACGCAGUCGGCUUGCGGCCUUUAUUCGCUACGACCGCAUCGAGUAUUCGAAGGCCAGCAGGUUAAUCACCAGCAUCGCCUAUGCCUUGGGAAUGUUCGACGUGCGCAUUGGGAUGGCUAUCUCCAAGGUUGUCGAGAGAUCGCGAUCAGUGGUGACUAUGUCGGACCCGUCUGCUCAGUUUCAGCUACUCCUUCGUGGUCCACUUGAGCGCAUUCUUGAUCUUGUUGAUGAAGGACCCCUGGUUGUCAUCAUCGAUGGAUUGGAUGAGUGCAACGCGUCUAGUGAACUGUUGACCACACUCGCCGAAGGAUUUGGUCCGAAACUUCCCUUUAUGCGGCUCAUUGUGUCCAGCCGACCAGUUCAUCACAUAGCUACGGCGUUCGAGGGACGAGACUGCAUAUAUCCACUCCAUUUGGAUACCUCCUCGAAGAGUGUAAACCAUGAUAUCCAGUUCUAUUUGAAGCAAGAGUUUGCAACCAUACGCGACGAUGUGUUCCUGGAGAAGUGUAGAGAGCUAGAUGCUGUCAAUGAACUGACAGUACGGGCGAGUGGUUUAUUCAUUUGGGCAGCAACUGUCGCUAAAUUUGUCCAUGCAUUUCCGGGGAUAUCCAGGCUACAGGCUCUCCUAGACACGAAAAUCCCUAAUGACGCCACCGAAGCUCUAACAACCCUAUACCGCACGGCUCUGGAUACUCUCGUGUCUGAACCAGGUGCCAAUGCGGAUAUUAAGAAGUAUGUGCGAAGCGUUCUAGGUGCUGUG